AAUGGAUGAAAGCCGGUCUGGGAAAAAGCCAAGUAGAAUUUGCUGCUCAUUUGCGAAAAAAAGGCUAUCGACCCAACACCUCUAAUAUUAAAGAAAUAAUUAAAAAAGAUUCGUGGCACAACAUUCAUAAAGGCUUUCGGGAACCAAACAGCAUGACUAACUGA